UAGUUUCGCCAUUUAUCCUGAAAAUUUUAUUAUAUUGAUACUGCUGCUUUGGACGUGUUGGAUAUUAAAAACAUGUAUGGGUGAAUUAAUGAGAAACUUUUUAAACAACAUCGUUCAACAUAAUAUUGAUAAGAGAUGAUGUCGAAUUAAUGGCAGAUACGAUAGUGGGCUUGCAAAUGCAGUUAAAAUCUUUGAAUAAAUUUUGCAAUGAAAGCAAACUUAAAGUCAAUAUCAAUAAAACAAAGGUGUUAUUGUUUAAAAAAGGCGGAAAAUUACCAAGUAAAGAAAAUGAUUUUGAAAAUGGUACAACCCUUUAUUUUGAUACCAACUUAGCAGAGCAAAGAAAAGGAACAAGUACAGACCUAAACAAAAACAGAUAGCUAAAACAUUACAGUAAAUUACAAAAGAGAGUUUGCACAUGAUCGAUAUUCCUUAUAAGCCCAUUUCCAACACAAACCUCCACAAAACUCAGUGAGGCAUAAAAGAGACACAUGAGAAUACACACAGGAGAGAAAUGUUUUAGAAGUUAUGUUUAUUUCAAGGAGUUACCCAAAGUGACAUUGAACAAUAUAUAAAAAUAAUAUAAAGAAUCUUGUCACAGCUGUCAUCUGAAGAAAAAGUUAGAACGUGCACAGGAAGAAAAUAAAUGAUUUCUAAUUAUGCAUGUAAUGAAAGAGGACAUCUACAAGAAGGAACUUCGAAAUCAUACUAGAGGGAAAUGCUUUAAGUGCCCUGUUUGUGAUUAAACACAGUGAUAAAAUGAAGAGACAUUGGAGAGUUCAUACUGGAGAAAUAUGCUUUAAAUGUGAUGUUUGUGACUAUACUUGUAAUCUAAGCAAUAGUCUGAAGAGACAUAGGAGGAUACAUACUGGAGAGAAAUGCUUUAGAUGUGAUGUUUGUGACUUUGCUUGUAAUACUGGCGGUUCUCUGAAGAGACAUAGAAGAAUACAUACUGGAGAGAAAUGCUUUAAAUGUGAUGUUUGUGACUAUGCUUGUAAUGAUGGCAGUAGUCUGAAGAAACAUAGGAGAAUACAUUCUGGAGAGAAAUGCUUUAAAUGUGAUGUUUGUGACUAUGCUUGUCAUCAGAGUGGUAAUCUAAGGAGACAUAGUAGAAUACAUACGGGAGAAAAAUGCUUUAAAUGUGAUGUUUGUGACUAUGCUUGUAAUGACAGCAGACGUCUGAAGAUACAUAUAAGAAUACAUACUGGAGAAAAAUGCUUUAACUGUGAUGUUUGUGACUAUGCUUGUAUUGACAGCAGUCGUCUGAAGAUACAUAGGAGAAAACAUACUGAAGAGAAAUGCUUUAAAUGUUCUCUUUGUGACUAUGCUUGUAAUGAUGACAGUCGUCUGAAGAUACAUAUGAGAAUACAUACUGGAGGGAAACACUUUAAAUGUGAUGUUUGUGACUAUGCUUGUACUGACGGCAGUAGUCUGAAGAAACAUAGGAGAAUACAUUCUGGAGAGAAAUGUUUUAAAUGUGAUGUUUGUGACUAUGCUUGUCAUCAGAGCGGUAAUCUGAGGAGACAUAGUAGAAUACAUACUGGAGAAAAAUGCUUUAAGUGUGAUGUUUGUGACUAUGCUUGUAAUGACAGCAGUCGUCUGAAGAUACAUAGGAGAAAACAUACUGAAGAGAAAUGCUUUAAAUGUUCUCUUUGUGACUAUGCUUGUAAUGAUGACAGUCGCCUGAAGAUACAUAUGAGAAUACAUACUGGAGGGAAACACUUUAAACGUUCUCUUUGUGACUAUGCUUGUAAUGAUGACAGUCGCCUGAAGAUACAUAUGCGAAUACAUACAGGAGAGAAACGCUUUAAAUGUGAUGUUUGUGACUAUGCUUGUAAUCAGAGAGGAUAUCUGAAGAUACAUAGGAGGAUACAUACUGGAGAGAAACCCUUUAAAUGUGAUGUUUGUGACUAUGCUUGUAAUCAGAGAGGGUAUCUGAAGAUACAUAGGAGAAUACAUACUUGAGAGAAGUGCAUUAAAUGUGAUGUUUGUGACUAUGCUUGUAAUCACAGCAGUAAUCUGAAGAUACAUUGGAGAAAACAUACUGGAGAGAAAUACUUAAAAUGUGAGGUUUCUGACCAGCAGUAGUCUGAAUAUAUAUAAGAGAAGACAUACUGGAGAGAAAUGCUUUAAAUGUGAUGUUUGUGACUUUGCUUGUAAUAUUAAUGCUUGUCGACUGAAGAUACAUAGGAGAAUUUAUACUGGAGAGAAAUGCUUUAAAUAUGAUGUUUGUGACUAGCAGAAAUCUGAAGAUACAUAAGAGAAUACAUACUGAAGAGAAAUGACAGUUUUCACUGAAGCAGAUUAAUAUAGCUUAAUAUAUUAAUAUAUCACUAUGGACGCGGACAGGCAGUCUGUGGUAUUUUAAUGAAAAUCAGUUUUGACCAGUUCCUGACUUAAGAUUAAGGUCUUGUUUGUUUAAUCCCUUUGAUGUACCCAUUCAGGUUCUUAUCCCUUUGAUGUAUGCCUUCAUGGUCUUAUGAUAUUUGGAAGAUGUACAAUUUAAUAAUUAAGUCUGGUUGGUUUAGUAAUGUUUGUUUGUUGACCUAUUUAUAUACCGAGGUCAUAGCUAUAACGAAGUAGUCGCUGGGAUCCUGUUUCCAUUUAAACAACAUAAACAUUAUCUAAGUUUUUAGAUAAAAUUUUAAUUAGAAAUAUGGUAUAUAUUUUUGUUAAAUACAUCUUACAUUU